UCUAAUGAUCAUCUGUUUGACAGUGAACAACAUUGAUGGUGACAGUCUACUGCUGAACGAGGAAAAGAAGGAACUUGAUGAGCUAAAUCAGAAUGCGCCCAAACACAUUCUGCCAUACAGCUCCAUGUUUGUGUUUGGUCCAACUAACCCAGUGAGACGGCUGUGUCAUUAUGUGGUGAACCUACGGUACUUUGAGAUGUGUAUCCUCACAGUCAUCACCAUGAGCAGCAUCGCCCUCGCUGCUGAAGACCCUGUGCAGGCCAAUGCCCCGCGCAAUGAUGUGCUGAAAUACCUAGAUUACGUCUUCACUGGUGUGUUCACAUUUGAGAUGGUUAUAAAG